UCGAUCCCUCCCCCCUCGAGCGCGACGAUGGACAGGGUAUCUCGUUUUUUUGGAAACCUCCCCGGUUUGGGAGGCGGCGCGGCUCCGGCUGACGCACCACUCGUGGAUACAGCUGAAAAAGUUCAGAUUUCCUCUCUAGCGCUACUAAAAAUGCUUAAGCAUGGUACGUGCAUGCUCAAGGAUCCUCGCACAUUUGUCCAGGUCGAGCUGGUGUACCCAUGGAAGUAAUGGGUUUGAUGUUAGGACAAUUUAUCGACGAUUACACUAUAAAUUGCGUUGAUGUAACUGUACCUCCUUUCGCACGUGAUGGCCAUGUGUUAUGUCGUCUUAGGUGUUUGCGAUGCCACAGUCGGGGACGGGCGUGAGCGUAUUCAGUCUGCGUGUAUGUGCCUACAUAGUGUGUUUUGAAGCUGCAUUGCAGGUUGAAGCUGUAGACCCAGUUUUUCAAACAAAAAUGCUCGAGAUGCUCAAGCAAACUGGGCGACCAGAGAUGGUCGUCGGUGCGCUCCUCUUGACCCCAUGUGCUGCGGCAGCUAAAGUACUAUGUUCUUAGGUUGGUAUCACUCUCAUCCCGGUUUUGGGUGCUGGAUGUCGGGUAAUCUUUAUGAUUUUAUUUAGACAAAAGGCACAAUUGCAGGUGUUGAUAUAAACACUCAGCAAUCCUUUGAGGCCCUCAAUCAGAGAGCUGUCGCCGUAGUCAUUGACCCGGUGCAGAGCGUCCUUACUUGCGUCUGUGAUCUAGUAAUUUUGCGCUCUCAAAUUCGGUUUGCUGAUUCUAGGUGAAAGGCAAAGUGGUGAUUGACUGUUUUCGUCUCAUCAACCCGCAACUUAUGAUGCUAGGCGACAGUCAGCGCCUUAUACAAUGACUAGAUUUAUUCUUCAAUCAGGGCAAGAGCCGCGACAAACUACCUCCAAUGUGGGGCACCUGAAGAAGCCUUCAAUCCAAGCUCUCAUCCAUGGCCUAAAUAGACAUUACUAUUCAAUGGUAUCUACAAGUUAAUGGUACUGUAUGCAUUUGCGUGAGCAGGUAAUUGAUUACCGUAAAAAUGAACUGGAAGAACAGAUGCUUACAAACCUAUACAAAAAAACGCGAGUUUUCCAACGGCCCACCUGCUGCUUACCUUCUUGAUUCUUAGGUGGGUCGCGGGCCUAAUUACUCUCGACUUUGCUUGCCAUACACUGGCAAACCACGAGAUAAUUGCUAAUAUGGCGAGGCAUUCUGAAAA